CCACACCUCUGCAAAGCCUGCAGCACAAGAUCAGGGCCGCAGCAGCAGCGCCAUGUCGAGCGCCUUUGCCGGCCCGUCGGCGUACCCAGGCGCGCUGGGCCAGCUGCGCUCGGCGCCGCGCCUCACCUAUGCCGCCGCCUCGCGCCUGCGCCGCGAGCAGCAGUGGCGCGAGUCGGCCGUGCGUACGCUGGACCGCAUCGCCGUGCUCGGCGGGCCCAGCGACGAACACGCAAGCAGUGUUGUAGGCCACGAGGGCUGCGUCAAUGCGCUCGCUUGGUCCGACGACGGCACGCUGCUGGCGUCCGGCUCGGACGACCGGCGAAUUUGUCUCUGGAAGCUAGGCUCGGAUGGCGUGCAUCAAGUCGAUGCUGCUGCGAGCGGACGUGCUGCGUCUGGGAGAAGCUUCUCGCUCCGCGACGAGGAGCGUGGCUGGCCCGACCCAGGCGUCGGCCUAGCUACAGUCGUCGAGACGGGACAUCGCGCGAACAUCUUCUCUGUCAAGUUUGCGCCGCACAGCACGUCGCGCUUCUUCACCGCUGCUGGCGACUCGCAGAUGCGCGUCUUUGACCUGUCGCUCAGCAGCGCGGAGCAGCACUCUCGCAUCACGCCGACGGGCAGCUACGACGUCUUCCCAGAGCGUGGCGGCGCAUGCACACGAGUGCUCAAGUGCCACACCGCACGGGUCAAGCGCAUCAGCGUCGAGGGUCCCGACACCUUUCUCAGUUGCGCGGAAGACGGAGAGGUGCGGCAGACAGACUUGCGCGUGAAUCACACCUGCAAACGCAGCCGGUCGUACGGCCAAGGAUGCCCAGCACCGCUGCUGCGGCACUCGAUGGAGCUGUACUCGCUCUCCGUCUCAAAACAGGAGCCGUGGCUCUUUGUCGUGGCCGGCACAAGCGAGUAUGCCUACCUGCACGAUCGGCGCAUGGUGCCGCGUCUCAUUCAGCAGGAGUGGGGCGUUGUGCCGCGCGGUGACGACGGCGCGCUCACGACGUGCGUGCGUCGCUUUGGCCGGCCAGACGAAGGGUGGGACGUGACGGACAAGGCAGGGCGAGACGGCUCCUGCCAUAUCACUGCAGCCAAGAUCGAGGAGACGAUGGGCCGCGACCUGCUGCUGUCGUAUUCCGGGGCAGACUCAACAGUCUACCGCUUCAACAUCCAUGACGAGCCAGGCAGGACACAUCACGAUGUCUCGAAGCACCAGCCAAGCAUCGACGAGGUCGCUGCGCUUCACGCACGCAUUGGCACGGCUCGAGUCCGCGAAGAUGAGGCGGCGAGCCCAGAAGAGCCUUCGCGGAUGGACGUCUUUCGCGCUCGCAUCGUCGGCGCGCUCUUUCCACGGCCGUCGGACAGCUGCGAUCCGCACAAGGUCGGCUCGGACCUGCUCACGCUCGGCAUGCUGCGCGAGGUCGUUGAGGCGGACCACGAGGCCGUGGCAGUCUGCCGAGCCCUCGUCCAUCUCGCGCCGUGGGCCAGCGGCCCCGCCGACUUCUCCGCCCUUUCGACCGCGGCGCUAUCGGAGCUGGUCAUCGAAGACCAGCCGCCUGUUGCGCCUGAGCUCUGCGCGUUCUUGCGCCAGCUCGCCGAGUCGACCGAUGCGCAGGCCACGUACGAGCAGAUCUGGAGCGUGGGCGAGGCAUACGUGCGCGAGCGCUGGCCGCAGUCGUGGGACAGCGAGCGCCGUGCACGCGCUGUGACUGUCGACAUCCGCGAGCUGCUCGGCGAUGACGAGGGCCAGCCGCCGCCGCAAGACAUGGGGGCGGAUGAAUGGACUGACGAGGACGAGGUCGAGGGCAUGAGUGUGGACGACGAGACGGACGAGAGUGAGGAGGAGGCGUCUGAGAGCAACUCGGACUCGGACGACGGCAGCGAGAGCAGCGAGCACGACAGCGAGCAAGGCAGCGCCAGCGAGACGGGCAACGCGGCGUUCAAUGCGCCUCUGACGCAUCCGCGCCAGCGAUACCAGGGGCACAUCAACGUCGACACCGUCAAGCAGGUCGACUUUGUCGGCGACGGCUUUGUCGCGUCCGGCUCCGACUGCGGCCGCCUGUUCGUGUGGAGCAGCGAGACGGGCGAGCUACUCGCAGCCAUCCGAGCCGAUGGCCAGGUCGUGAAUGUCUCGGUGGCCCAUCCGACGCUGCCGCUGCUGGCCGUGUCCGGCAUCGACGACGAGAUCAAGCUGCUGGGGCCUUCGACGGCGCGCGCAAUCUGCCGCGAGGCAGAUCCGGACGUCGUGGCGCAAGCGAACAGGCGCAAUGGCGGCAUGCGCAACAGCUUCGGCUACUCGCGAGGCCUGCUCGCCUUGCUGCAGCAGCAGGCGACGAUGGGCCCAGAGGCGCAGUGUCCGACACAAUGACAUUCUAUGUGCGCGCCGCAAGCUGGCGCAGGUGCUCGAGCUCGCCCGACUGCUCGCACAGGGUGCGGAAGUGCCCGUCCUCGCGCUCCAGCAGCGUCGCGGGCGUGUCGAACUCAACAAUUUCGCCGGCGGCCAGCACCAGGAUGCGGUCGCACACCGCCACCGUCGAGAGGCGAUGUGCGAUUGUGAGGACCGUCGAGUCCUUGAAGCCCUCGCUGAUCGCCCGCUGGAUCG